UCCAGGAUUUAGAUAAACAUUUAUCCAAGGUAACAUUCGUUGGAUACUGUUUCAGGUACUCUUUCCUCCCGUGUACAUACAGAUAUUGUGCCACAGUAUGAAAAAUAUACAGACAUUUCUCUUGUGCUUUACUUUGACAUAUACUUCAGCUUCAAACUGCAUAAUGACAGAACGCCGUAAUCAACAACCUGGAUACCGGAUAGAUCAUGGUGUCUUUAAAACAAUAAACAGUAUCGGAAUUGCAGGUUGUCAAAAGGCAUGCCUAAAGCUAUCUGUGUGUCAAAGUGUCAGUUAUGAUAAAGUUACGUUAGUCUGCUUACUUGGACAGUUCCUGGACAAUAAAACAUUUACUGGACUCAACACAGACAUCUUUAUCUGGCGAAAUACGUCGGAUGAAGCAUUUAUAAGCCUUGGACCUUGCAGGAAUCGUCAGUGUUCCGUGACUGAAACCUGUGUCCCCCUUUCCAGUGGGAGUUUUACUUGCAUGACAAAUGUUCGACCGAUUGAUCUGGCUGUAAUUAUUGAUGGUUCAAGGACGAUUGAUGAGGAUGAGUUUUACGACAUAGUGAAUUGCACUAAGUAUCUAGUAAACGAACUCUUUGACCUCAGACUGGCUGUAACUAUAUUUAAUGCGGAUGUAUCGACACCAAUUUAUUUUGACCAGUUCCAAAACAAGGCGGAUAUGCUAUCUGGUAUCGAUGACAAUGUGAUUUAUCCGUAUAAAGUAGGGAAUGAACUUGGACAAGCUCUCCAGGAAGUUUACAAUAAUGUGUUCAACCAAUCGAGAGGCAAUCGAGCGGAAGUUAAUGAUGUAGUUCUCGUUUUUUUGAGUCCUAAUGAUAUGGCAGUAAAUAAUUUAGACAUGUCGGACACGAUCAAAUCAGCCGGUAUCUCGAUCGUCACCGUAGCCAUCGGGAGCUCCACGACAGGGAUCGCGAUAUUACAGCAGGUUACUUCCGAUCCGUUUGAAGACAAUAAUUUAAACGUCAAUUCCACAGAAGAACUUUAUCAGAUUUCAGGAACAAUUGUUGAUACCAUCAACAAAAUGUCAUAUCUAGGGACCUUAUGAAACAAUUCAGAAAGUCAGUUUAACCCUUGACAAAUAGGUUGACAUUGUCGAUAUUGUCGUUUUAGUGUCGUCAAGGAGCAUGAUGGUUGAUGUGCAUAAAUAAAGUACAUAGAAAGAAAUUUGUUUUGGCCAGGCCUAUUUCUAUGAGUUUUAGUGCCUGUGACAUUUAGAAUUUCUUCGAAUCGCUAUGUAGACAUUGUUAACGCAGGCAUAUAUUGAUGAGUUGAACCUCAUGUAUAGCAUACUUGAAUUUCAAAUUUGUCGAUAGGUAUUUCAUGUAUUAAUAGGCUAAAAAUAAUCAUGCUUUUAUUACGAAAUGUGUCUUAAACGGUGACCAGCCGAGCUGUAGUAUAAAAGGGUUAAUCAAAGUUGUAAUAGAUAUUAUCUUAGUAAUUGUUUCUUAGCUUUCAUACUUUUCUUUUCUUGUAUUGAUUACUAAGCGUGUGUGUACGUUUACCUGUGGAGUCGCAUAUGUCUUACCUGUGCUGUUUAUGUCACGUGGCAUAUGUGUGAUAUACAUGUAUGCACAUGUAAGUGUGAAUGCAUGGAAAUGUCUCGUUUUAGUGUUUAAUUUUUGUGUGGACUUUGUCGCCAAAGAGAGUCAGACCGCCCAGCUGACAAAGGACGGACACAGACGUAUUUAUUGUGAGUCCAGUUCAAAUAAUUGUUUAUGUGCUAUAAUAAUACCUUAUCAACUACAAAUAGUAAGUAUUAUUAUUCUUAAUGAAAUAUCCAUUUAGAUGUAUUUAAAUCAGAAUAGUGUUUAUUUUUAUAAACAAUACAUUACCAUUUUUGUAGAUCAACGCCUGUAGGCUCAGUUUUCCUUACAUAUGUAAAUCUCAUUUGACAUG